AUGACAGACGCGUGGGUUGUAGUUGGUGCCUCAAGAGGCAUUGGCCUCGAAUUCGUUCGACAACUUCUGAAGGACGGCCAGCAUGUCAUUGCAGGAGUUCGUGAUAUUGUUGCAGCCGGCCAGCUUUCUGACCUGAUUGCUCAUCACCCAACACCAAACCGCUGCCUGAUCCAUGAGUGCGAUAUCACAAACGAAGGGAGCAUUCAAGGCUUUGUUGACCGGGUUGAAGACGCGGUUCAACGUGGGCUAAGGGUCAGAAAUAUUAUUCUCAAUGCUGGCAUCCUUAAAUAUCCCAACCGUGCAACCGGAAUCUCAUUUUCCGACUUUGCCCUUCACUUACACACCAACACUAUCGGGCCUAUCAUCUGUGCACAGAAGCUCGUAAACCUCGACUCUGAAUCACCCCCUUCCAAGGUUGUGUUUAUUUCAUCAGACUCGGGGUCAGCUACUAUGUUCCGAGGUCACGAGGACGGCUUUGGGGCCUACGGCGCAAGCAAGGCUGCACUUAACCAAAUGCUUAGACAUAUGGCGGCAGAACUAGGUCGGAAGGGUGGAAAAUGGGGUAAUAUAUGCAUCCUAGCCAUGCAUCCAGGUGAAGUUCAAACCGACAUGGCCAAUAUCGACGUCGAUUGGGAAGUGGAAGGUUCCAUCCAGCCCGCUGAAAGCGUCACAGGAAUGCUCAAGGUCAUUGGGGAGAAGAAUGAGAGUGGCAGUUUCUGGUGCUGGGAUGGCAGACGGCACCCUUGGUAG